GGAAGUAGAUGUAUUGGAGGAAAAGGGAAGCCGAGCGGUAUCGUGUUUCCAUGAUUCUAGACUUCCGACCGUUCGGUGGAAAUAUCUUCAGUUUCUACUUCUUAGAAAUCACGUGAUGGGCAGAAGGCGGGGAGGGUUUUUUUUUUGUUUCGUCGCUGUUUACUUGUAUCUGCUGAUUGGGUUCAUGUUUGGUCUCCCGGAAGUUUACCGGACUUUGUAGGGUGAUUCUUGUUAUUAGUGGGGUUCGCAACCUCCUACGAAGAGGAUUCUCAUCGCCGAUGGUUGGGGUGAUUUCCCAGCCACCAUGGAAGAUCCAGCGGUGUUGGUCUUGAAGCGGGCGGUGGAGCUGGACUUGGCAUCUCGCUUCCAGGAGUCACUUGUUUGCUAUCAGGAAGGGAUUGAUCUUUUGCUGCGAGUGCUCAAAGCGACAAAAGAUGAGAAGAAAAAGGCUUGUUAUAGAGACAAAAUAACAAGUUACAUGAACAGGGCGGAAGAUAUUAAAAAAUAUCUUGAGAAAGAGAAAGAAGGUAUGAAGCUAUUGUAUGGAAAAUACCACAAACAAAUUAAAAUUGAAGAAAAUACAAGAGGUUUCAGCUAUGAAAAACUAUUCAAAGAAUAUCUCAGUGAAACUGUUACAGAGGUUUGGGUUGAAGACCCUUACGUUAGGCAAGCCCAUCAGUUGUACAACUUCUUAAGAUUCUGUGAAAUGCUUGUUAAAGGACCAUGCAAAGUGAAAACUAUACACCUUCUUACCUCUCAUGAUGAAGUCAAUGGAAAGAGUCAACAGAUGAGUAUUCUAGAAGAGAUAAAACAGUCCCUGAAGGACUUUGGCAUAACACUGGAUGUAUCAUAUUCUCCUUCAAUACAUGACCGAGAGAUUAGAUUCAACAAUGGAUGGAUAAUUAAAAUUGGAAGAGGCCUUGAUUAUUUUAAGAAACCACAGGGUCGUUUUUACCUUGGAUACUGUGAUUUUGAUCUGAGACCAUGUUAUGAAACUACAGUGGACAUCUUUCACACUAAACAUACAAAGAAAACAUGAUCCUCAGUUCUCUUUCCAACCACUCUUACUGCUUUUUUCAAGCAAGAGCUGUUGUGCAUUUUUUUGUAAAAUAAAUUGUAUAUAGUUUUUUUUAAUUACUGUACAUCAGUCUGAUUAGUAUCCUAUCUAAGCAAAGAGGCAUGUUUACCCCAGGGUAAUCAGCUGUCAAAGGUUAUUAAACUCUGUUGAAGACCACAA